AUGGUAUUUGAGGAGUCCCAGGUCGCUGGAACACCUAUCUUCAUCGUUAAGGCUUUCCUUCCAGUCAAUGAAUCAUUUGGUGAGUUUCAUCACACUUUCCAACUAAUCAUUUUCACCUUAACACUGAAUGGAAACAGAACAUUUAAAAGGAACGCAUUCAAAUGUAACUUUUCUAAAACUUUUUCUAUUCUAUAACUAAAAAGACUAAUUUAGUAGGACCAGGACAAUACCACAGUACUUGUUAGUAUCGUGGCAAGCAAACAAAACGGAUUUAACUUCUUUAGGAAAACAGCCCUUAUGUUGGAAAUAAACACUAUGUUGUCAUGUAUUUACUUUCCAAGCUAUAUCACAAAAUAUUUUACAUACAGCAGGUUUUUAAUGGACCAAAGAGUUUUCCAUGGAAAUAAUAUCACGAUACUGGUAUCGUCACAGCCAUAUCAUAAAGGAUUCGCCCUUUACCAAGCAAUGGUUCAUCAAUGUAAAACAUCAUAUCCAUUAGACAUCAUAUCCAGCCAGGAUAGGUGCGAAACAAUGGAAAUAGGAGUCAACCAACCAACCAACUAGUUACAGAUAAGCAUGACAAAACAACACAGACCUCUUGGUUGUUUAUGAAUAUGUAUUUUUAUUUCCCCCGAUGUUUUUAGGUUUCACAGCGGACCUGAGGUCCAACACGGGCGGCCAGGCCUUCCCCCAGUGUGUGUUCGACCACUGGCAGAUCCUGCCCGGGGACCCCUUCGACGAGACCAGUCGGCCAUGGCAAGUAGUGGCAGACACCCGCAAACGCAAAGGCCUCAAAGAGGGCAUCCCUGCCCUGGACAACUACCUGGAUAAACUGUGA